AUGGAUGAAGGCAUGAGUGAAGAUUGCAACAAGACUCUCAGCAACAUCAACUGUUCCGACACGGAUCAUCACGAACUCCGACCAGAAGCUGUUGCAGUCCCACUUGUCUUUAUCCUCAUUUUUAUCGUCGGUGUCUUUGGUAACAUUUUGCUCUUGUGUUCGUUCAUAAAACAUAAGACUUUCGGUACCCCACACAAUAUCUUUGUAAUCAACCUUGCAGUUGGGGACCUUGUUAUUUUAUCUGUGUCACUGCCUUUCAAUGCGACCUGGUACUACCUUCUGUCAUGGCCGUAUGGUGAAGCCAUUUGUAAAAUCAGUCACUUUGCCGAGACACUUGGCACGGCAAUAUCUGUGUUGACAUUGACAAUUCUUAGCAUUGAAAGGUACAUCAUCAUUUCCGGACGCCAUCGGUCUUCAAGGCGACGUUUCUCACCCGCAGUCAUCCUGGCGUUCGUGUGGAUGACGUCGCUGUACAUCUCCAUUCCUGACCUUAUUUCUGCUGUUGUGGAAUCACCCCCGUCUCGCAAGUUUAGCUAUUGUCUCGCAUACACCACUUCGUGGGGGCAAAUGUACCCAAAGGUCAAUACUGCAGUACGGUUUGUUUUGUUGUUCGUUAUUCCACUCGCUGUCAUACUUCCUUUCUAUGUUCUUAUAUUCUUCAAUGUCAUCUCAAAGGCAGCCCCUACCCAACCUACGUCAUCAACACCAUUAAAGGGAGAUAAUUUUCAGUUAGUUAAUGUCGAAAAAGAGGACAAAAAAUACCGUAAAAGAAAAUCAUUUGCCAUUACUGUCUUUUGCCUCGUUUUGGUUUUCAUCCUCUGUUGGCUACCUCGACAUAUCUUCCUAAUAUGGUAUCACUUUGAUCCUGGACUCUUCAACGAAUUUUGGCAUAAUUUCAAAAUUGUUGGAUUCUGUCUUGUGUUUGCCAAUUCUGCCAUCAACCCUCUCAUAUUCCUUCUACUUGACAGUCGCUAUAAAAGAUUUGUAAGACGCAUUAUCACCUGUAAAGGUUCGACAUCUCGUAUUUUACGUCACGACCGAGCCUCCGUAGAAGAGCAGCAGACAAUUGUGAUGGCUGAUUUAGGUGGCAAUGUGUCUCAGAUUGACAAUGUGUAGGCACACGUUUGCAUUCUUCCAGAACUGUUAGCCUUUUUUCUAUACACGAUCAAGGAGAAAAU